AACACAACGUACACAGUACUCUGCUCCUUAUUUCCCGAGAUCUAUCGUCGGUUCGCAUUCCAGAGGCCACAAAUACAUGCGUUUGAUCUGAGGAGGAGGAAACGAAUCGUUUACUCUACUUUCAGCACUUUCCGUUCGGUAGAGGAUUUUAGAGCAUGACCUUGCUCUCCCUUUAAUCACUUUCGAAGAACAAGAUAUCGAAUAUCUGGGAUUCUCUUCACGCCGGCCCAUCUCUAUCUCUACCCUCACCAGCAUCGACAUAAUCCUUGGAAUCCGACCAUUAUCUGCAACACUCAGCACCCAGACUUGUCCCCAAACUAGACUCUAUUGGUUCCAUCACGUACAAUGGAAAACACCUACAUAACCCCGAGCGCUUCACCGCGCUCCGGCUCCGAGGAACGGAACAAGCCGGCGCUCUUGGCAUUCCAUGGAUCGGGGUCGAAUGGAACGAUUCACACGGUGCAGUUGGCGAGGCUGUCUAGAUUGCUGAAGCAGCAUUUUGAGAUUGUGGCGCUGGAGGCCCCCUACCCCUCCGCCGCCGGCCCGGGCAUCCUCCCCUUCUUCGAAGGCUGCGGGCCCUUCAAGCGGUGGCUCCCGCCGCAGGAAAAAACUAUCAGCGUGGACGGCAUGAAGCGCGGGGAAGCCAGCGGCACCAUGCCGCCCGAAGUCGAAACCCUGAUCCGCAGCACCGUUUCCGACAUCGAAGCUUCGGGCGGCAAAGUCGUGGGUGCAAUCGGAUUCAGCCAGGGGACGCGCAUAGUAGCUGGAUUGUUGAAGGGUGCGCAGGUGAGGCGGAUGGCGAUGCAGCAGGGGAGGGAGGUUGAUGCGGAUUCGACGAGGUGGUUGGAGGGAUUUAAGUUUGGGCUCAGUGUUUGUGGGAGCUAUCCGCCGCCUCUGGUGCCGGCAUGCGUUGCUUCGAUAGUUCCCCCGGGGGACGCUGCUGCGGGAGUCGAAGAGAAGAUCGAUAUCCCGACGCUGCAUAUUCAGGGGAAGCAGGAUGAGUGGGAGUGGGCGGGGGAGUUGUUGAUUGCGCAUUAUGCGCUCGGGGAGGGGAAGAGCGAGGUUUGGAGGUUGGAUAUGGGGCAUCAUUAUCCCGUGGCGCUGGAGGAGAAUGAGAAGAUUUAUAAGUGGGUGCUGGAACAGUGGACGAGGAGUGAGGGGGGUGGGCAAGUGGAAAAAACGGUAUGAGAACUGUGAUACUGAGAACUGUGGUUGUGGGUGAGGAACUGCUGGGCUGGUUGGGCGGGGAUGUGAUAGACUUGAAGAUCUCUCUUUUCUUCCUUAGACGGGUAUAGAUAUGUCCUGACGCGUUCAAGAUCAAUUCUGUUGCAAUUUGAA